AUGUCGGAUACUUCGUCAAACAGUUCAACCAAACCAUAUAUAUGUGAUCAGUGUGGAAAGCUGUAUUCUAAACCUUCCCUUUUGAACCAGCAUAUACGAUCACACACUAAUGAAAGACCAUUUAAAUGUUCCUUUCUGGACUGUGACAAAUCGUUCCUAAGGAAAUCACAUUUACAAGCUCAUUCUCUUUCCCAUGAGGAAGAAUCUCAUAAACCAUUUGUAUGUUCUAUAUGUGGGAAGGGGGUAAAUACAAAACAACAUCUCAAGAGACAUGAAAUUACUCAUACUAAGUCUUUCAGAUGUCCAGAACCAGGCUGUGAGGAAUCAUUUUACAAGCAUCAAUCUUUGCGCCAUCAUCAGCUUUCUGUACACGAAAGAUCAUUAACUUGUAAAUUAUGUAACAAAACGUUUAGCAGGCCAUAUAGGCUAGCACAGCAUAACUUAAAAUACCACAGUGAAACACCUGUAUAUCAGUGUGACCAGCAUUCGGGCUGUUAUGCAAACUUCAAGACAUGGUCUGCCUUACAGUUCCACAUUAAGACCGAGCAUCCAAAGUUGAAAUGUCCUGAGUGUGGUAAAGGGUGUGUUGGUAAAAAGGGUUUGGAAUCUCAUAUGAUGAUUCACGACCAAGAUAGAAUGGUUAAGCUCUGGCACUGUAGAUAUUGUGAAGUUGGUCAGUUUGCUAGGAAAUUCGAUCUUAUUGAGCAUUAUAAUAAGUUGCAUGAUGGUAAUGUACCAGAUGACUUAUUGAAGUCUGCUGAAAAGGAGGAAUUAGAAAAGUUAUUGCAAGAAAAGGAAGGUGGUAAGUUCGUACUUAUGAAUUCUGAUGACGAAGAUGAGAAUGGGGUUGACGUUGAACACUUCCAAGGGGAUGAUGGUUCUAGGUCUAUAGAAUCACUAAACUCAACAUUAAAGUCUGGAAAAUCAUCUAUUAUUGAGCUUAUUCUGUCCAAUUUUCAACAAAGAAAGAUUCAGUGCCCUAAGAAAAAUUGUGAUAGAAAGUUUGCAAGAGAUUAUGACUUAAAGAGACAUUUAGUUUGGCAUGAAUCGCAUAUGGAAAAGAUUGAGUCUUUCUUGAGCUCUCUUGAAGAUGAACAGGAACAGGAACCAGAAGAAGAAAAUAGAAAACGACAAAUUGUAGAUUUGUCGAGUGACUACAAAAGGCGUAAAGACAAUGAUGAAUACCAUGAUGAAAGAGGGUAUUCUAAUGGCCAGCAAAAUGACGAUGAAGAUGAUGACGAGGACUUCAACAAUUUAAUUGAUGAAGAAAUAAAGAAAAUCAGUGAAAGGCACAGUCAAGAUCUGGUGUUGACCUGA